AUGCGAGGUGAGGCGGUGGAACAUGGUGGACAUGAGGUGGCAGUGAUUGGCAAUAAUGUUAAUCAAAUAAUCUCAUACAAUAACUUAAUUAAUAUUGCAGUGGACCACCUUGUAACUGAAGUUCAUAAUUUAAGUAACUGGAACUCUGCCGCCAAUGAUGUUAUUUUCAAGGCGGAGGGGAAGUGUGACAAAAUUUUGGAGAAAGUUAAGACAGACAAGAGUGCUAAAGAAGCUGUGAUUUUUACGCAAGCUGAAACAUUAAAAGAUAAGGCGGCGAUACUUUUGAGUGCGGCGCAGAAGGCUAAGGAGCAUGUUGAAUCUGAGGUCACUAAGGCGUUGCAGGCUGUUGUGAAAAUGGACGAAAGCCUUAAGAAGGAUUUGAAGAGUGUAAAGACGCAGAUUCAGAGUGGGAUUGGAGAUGUGAUUCAGCAGUUGGAAGUUGAGAGACUGGAUGAGAAAGUGAAGAGUGAUUUGGGGAUUUUGAGGGGGAAGAUUGAGGGGCUUGCAAAUAAUAUGGAUGGACAUAAUGGUCUUGUAAGUGGUCAGUUGGAAGAGCUUAACAAGAAGAAGAGUGAGUUGGAUCAGACUACUGGUCCGGAUGGCACAAUUCAGCAAGCUGAAAAAGAGCUUGACACUAAGUUUCAGAGUGCUAUCCAAAAGCCGCUUAACGAUAGAGUCGAAGCGGUUGACACGGCGAUUGCGGAGCUUGGUAAGAAGUUUGAAAUAAGUAACGCGGAGGAUAAAAAGAAACUUGAGAAGAUUUUCAAUAAGAUUAAAGAAAAGGUUGGGGAGAUUAGGGGGAGUGAAGGGACAGAAAAUGGUUGGCAACGUAGAGAUGGUAAAGGCCUUGAAGGAAUUCAGAGUGCGAUACAACAUUAUUAUGAAGCGUUCGUCGGUAAUAAAUUUGACGACAUAGUGAAUGGGUGGUUGCAGGGCAUUUUGGGCAAGCAAAGACAGAGGGUUGUGGAGUGGUUUAACGAGUGGAUUAAACAGCAUGUCAAUGAUGGCCGGACGAGGAUGGUGCUGGGCGAUGAUAUCACAUUUGACAAGAUAUUUCGUGACCAAAUUAUCGAGCAUAUUAAGAAACAGCUUCACGGCGAAGCAAAAGAAGCCGGUGAAAAAGUUACGCAAAACAAAAGCACAAGUAACAAUGACUAUAUAACGAAGAAUAUUGAGGCUGUCAAGGAAGGUUGCGAGCAUUUUGUCCAGGCGAUUGAUAAGAGGCUCGCGAAGGGACAACUUGCAUCACUCUUUAAAGCCGUAAAGGGAGAGGUUGUCGACAAGCUUGCUACAUUGAAACACGAUAAAGAUGAGCAUUUGAAUGAAGUCCUGAGGACAAUCGUAAUCGCACUCCGCUCCACGUCCAACCAGGUUGCGGAGGAGAUUAAGUCAAUCCUACUUGCCGACUACAGGAUGGGCGGACAGGACAGCGGUAGACACAUCGCAAGUGAACUGGAUAAAGUAGUUGAGGAAACUAAGAAGCUUCACAAGGCGCUUGAAGGGGCGACUAGCCCUCCCGUCCCUCCCCCCGGAGGCAAAGAUGAAAGCCCCGCCCAAGCCGUGGACAGUAAGUUGCAGGCGGUGAGGGAAUUCGUGAGUGAAGAGAAUCUUACCAACAAUAAAUUUAAGAGCGUCAAAAGUGAACUUGAGAAUGUAGUAAGCGGCCUUCCCUCCGCCGUUGACACUUUCAACACUGCCGCCGAAGACCAGAUCAGGAAUGCGGCCAAGACGGCGAUUAACAAGGCGGCUGGGCAGAUUAGCGAGGAUGGUCAAGCAAUUGAGCUUGGCAAGAAAACUGAACUCAUGGAAAAAUUCGAGGAAGCCUUCACUCUUAUCAAAAGUGGUCUACAAAGUAAACUUGAUGCACAAGUUGAUAAGCACAUUGGGGAGGCUGUCAUGGCGGUGGAUAAGGGAUGA